UUCUAGGGUUUGCCUCAUUUAUUUCCCUUUUCUCGAGGAUCACUGGACUUCAUUGCCUGAUGUCCAGUGUCUUUCAAACCAUUGUUUUUUUUAUAUAUUGUUCGUAUUUUGGCUUCUACAGGUGGAUAUUACUCCUUGUUACUCCAUCUUGGCUGGAGGUAGAAGUCCCUGGGGUAUAUAUAUUUUAAAAAAGACUUCACAUUGUUUUAGGCAAGGGGAGAUUGAGGGAAGCACCAGAGAUGGCUCAAGGGGGAUGAUAGCGAGUGUCAAUCUGCAGGCUCUGCAGGCACCAGGGCCUGUUGUAGUCAGUAGUUUUGAUGAGAACUGAGUUACAAAGGCCUGAUUUGACAUUGUCUAUUUUUCCAUAGCUUGAGUUAGCAUGCCCUGUGUUGUGAAUUUACAACUUACAUUGAUCAGUCAAAAAUAAGGAGAAACCACUUAAAAACUACUUGGCUUAAUUUAUAGCCAUGGUUUUUACUUAUUUGAAAAUGUAACACAUUUAGUUUCAUUUUCAAGUUGUUCUAAACAUUUCUCUUACUAUUUUUGCCCUUAAGAGAGAAACCAAAUGGCAUUGGUCUUAUAUGGCUGGUGUUGGAGUUGGGGAGGGUUAAGGAAACCACAUCCUCCUUCCUCAGCCAGAAGUUCGGUAAUCCAAGGUCAGGGAAUGGAAGGCAGAGGCUUUGUCCCUGGGGACCCUGUUAUGAUUUAGCCAGACACAGGACCCAGAGCCUGAGAGACAAAGAAGAUGUAGCUGUAGGAUUUUGGGAAGUAAGGAUGGGCCCACUGGGUUCCAGGCUUGGAAAGAACCUGAGUAGGAGCCACAAAGGGAAAGAAGGAAGAGGGGAGAGAAAGCUGCAGGAGGGAGAUGAGCUGGCACUUAACCAUGGGUUCUUGCAAGCUUAGUCUGCUUUUCCUGCAGCUGAGUUUGAUAAGCCUGGGGAGGAACUUUGAGAAAGGCACCUCACAAAGGCAGUGGCCACACAAUGAGUUUCCUUUAGCAUUUCCUCACUCAUUCCCCAUGUCACAUAGGGAGCUAGCAAAGUAUCCCAGCAGACACCAGUGCCCAUUUCGGGAGGACUCUGGAGACCCCCUGUACCAAUUCCCCUUCUUUCCCUAUGCCCCCAGACACACCCUCCCAGGACACAGAAGCAAGAAGGAAACCAGAACCACAGUUGGCUAGUGACGGGUACCUGUUAAUGGACCCUCUGGGCAGCACUUUGCCCCCAGCAGGGUAAAACAGAAGGAGGGAGGAAGUAAGACAGAACAUAAAUAACCCUGCAUUGGGAAGGCCCAACGAAGGAGGCGGAGACUAUACUUCAGUGCAGCCUGCCAGACUUCUUCAUGAAAAGUAGUGGAAAAAGGGGCACACGUUCCUUCGGUGCAGUUGAGCUUCUACCUACCUGGCAUUGGUCACAGUUCACCUUCUUCACUAUGGUAGACCACAAUGGCAAUGAAUCCAGUGCUCCAUAUUUCAUCCUAAUAGGCCUCCCAGGUUUGGAGAGGGCACAGUUCUGGCUGGCCUUCCCAUUGUGUUCCCUGUACCUUAUUGCUGUGCUAGGUAACUUGACCAUCAUUUACAUUGUGCGGACUGAGCACAGCCUACAUGAGCCCAUGUAUAUUUUCCUUUGCAUGCUUUCUGGCCUUGACGUCCUCAUCUCCACCUCAUCCAUGCCCAAAAUGAUGGCCAUCUUCUGGUUCAAUUCCACUACUAUCCAGUUUGAUGCUUGUCUGCUCCAGAUGUUUGCCAUCCAUUCCCUAUCGGGCAUGGAGUCCACAGUGCUGCUGGCCAUGGCCUUUGACCGCUAUGUGGCCAUCUGCCAUCCACUACGCCAUGCCACUGUGCUCACAUUGCCUCGUGUUGCCAAGAUUGGCAUGGCUGCCGUGGUACGAGGUGCUGCACUCAUGGCACCCCUGCCUGUCUUCAUCAAGCGGCUGCCUUUCUGUGGCUCAAAUAUCCUCUCCCAUUCAUACUGCCUGCACCAAGAUGUCAUGAAGCUUGCCUGUGCUGACAUCCAUGUCAAUAUCAUAUAUGGCCUUAUUGUCAUCGUCUCUGCCAUUGGCCUAGACUCACUUCUUAUCUCCUUAUCGUAUCUGCUUAUCCUCAAGACAGUGUUGGGCUUGACACGUGAAGCCCAGACAAAGGCAUUUGGCACUUGUGUCUCUCAUGUGUGUGCAGUUUUCAUAUUUUAUGUACCUUUCAUUGGAUUGUCUAUGGUGCACCGCUUUGGCACGCAGCAUGACUCACUCCUACCUGUCAUCAUGGCCAACAUCUACCUGCUUGUUCCUCCAGUGCUCAAUCCUAUCGUCUAUGGAGUGAAGACAAAGGAGAUCCGGCAACGCAUCCUUCGUCUUUUCCAUGUGACCACCCAGACUUCAGACCCCUAGAUGUCAGUGCUCCAACUUCUUUCCUAGAAAAGUCCUUUGAUUCAGAUUUUAACAUCAGCAUUGUGGAAGACAGUAUUAACAAAAACAAAGAAACAAAGAAAAAACUUCCUUAACAAAAUACAACUCUAAUUUUCAUAGGUGAAACUGGAUGCAGAAUCUCCUGUGGAAAGAGGCAGCAGAACCACGUACUCUUAAUUUCCAUUUUUCAAGAUUAUUUUCCUUUUGGUUCUUCUUAAUAUAUAAUUACUAAAACCCUGAACUGGUUGUGGUUGGAGGGUUAUUAUUUCCCAUUUAACCAUCCAACUCAGCUAUGUGAACUUUUUUUCACUGAUAAUGCAUAGCACAAGAUAGUGCACGGAAGAUGAGUGAUACAUUUAAAGAACAUUUAUCAAAGUCUUACACAUGACAAAUGGGAAAUAAACACAAGUCAAAUAAAGCCAGAUAAUCUGGCUUAAAAUCAUGACUUCCUCUUCAGAGCUCUCAACCAUAUUGGAUCUCAGGGAAGGGGAUGUACCUGGAUUUCCUUCCUCAAAAUGACCUCUACAAAGAAUAAGUCUACAAAGAAUAAGUAGAUGAUUGGAAAUAAAGCCUUGAAGAGACUACAUUUGCCUACAUUAAUAAAAGAUAACGUUCUGUUAUGAAAGUUUUCACAGCCCAUGGACACUUUUUCUUUAUUUAAUUCUCUUAUCAACCUUCUAAUUUGGGCAGGAGUAUGAUUAGUACCCUCAUUGAACCAAUAGGGAAAUUGAUGUUCAGUGUGCAUCAGUAAGUUGUAUGAGGUCACAUAAGCUCAAAAAUAAAAAUCGAGCCUUUUGAUGCUCAAUUUCAUAUUGUGAGAAAGAACUGUGAGGGAGACCUGUAGGGUAGUAGGUCAGGCGUUUUCAAUUUUUCUUUCAUUUUCCAGGGAAAAUAUUUAAUUCCCUUUACAGCUCACCUAGUGGUGCAUUUAGGAGCUUCUUGUCAAUGCAUCUCACAGCUUAAUCCCAUUAGCAUCUGCUCUUUGUCCACCUGCCACUGUGCUUGUGUAGUGGGGAAUGUGCUUGGAGUUCCAGAGAAGUGACUCAUUUGGAAAAUAGUGUGAUUAGCAGUGGAAGUUCUUAGCAUUAGUUCUUAGCACAAAUUCUCAUAGAGUAUAACAAAUGGACAAAUGUAUGCAGAAUGAAUAAUCAAGUGAAAUGACAGAAAUAUGACUCCUCCAUCAAUGUGAAGGCCUUCCUUCUUUCCAACACUUUUGUUUAGAUACCCAGAGAAUGGUUUUUCUCUCAAAUUCUCAUUUCUCCAACCUUGUAAAGGAGGGGAGACACAGACUCAAUUAUUCAGCCACAAGUUGCUUCACUGACCCACAUCUUUUCUAGCCAAGGACUCCUCUGUUUCUAAGUGAUAAUCUUUUAUUCCAAGGGUUGCAAACUAAGGCUGUUGGCCAAAUACAGCCUGCCACCUGGUAGCAUGCCCAUAAGCUAAGAAUAGCUUUUACAUUUUAAAUGGUCGAAAAGAAAAAGAAUGAUAUUUUGUGACAUAUAAAAAUUAUAGGAAAUUCAAAUUUUAGUGUCCAUAAAUAAAAUUCUGUUGGAACACAAUCAUGCUUGUUGUCUGUAGCUGCUUUCAUGCUACAGUGGCAGAGUAGAGUGGUUAUGACAGAGACCAUAUGACAUGCAAAGCCUAAAAUAUUUAUCUCGCCCUUUACAGAAAAAGUUUGCCAACUGCCUUUGUAACCUGCUGCAGUGUUGUGCCUCAGUAGAGAAGACUGAUCUCAAGGAAGCGAGGCUCUUCUCCAAAGAGGAAAUAUCUUCUUAACCUUUAUUGUCUGGGGUCUGGGGAAACUAAGAGUAGCUUAUCCCACCCAACAUCUUAAAAAAUGUCCUCCCCAAGUUAUUCUAGAUGGUUCUAAGAAGGAGUUCAGUAUCAGAUACAGCAGCCUGUGCCUGACAUGUGGUAAACACUCAAUAAAAGAGAGUUUUUGUGGUCGUUGUUAUUGUUAUCAUUACUAUUACUACCUGCCCCUUUCCUCCUACCCUGUUACAGUCAUAUGUUCCUAAGAAAGAUUUCCACACAGCACCAAAACAAAACCCUUCUCUUUGGGGCUUUCUUAUUAUUUACAAGUGGGCUCCAGAAAGAAGCCUCUUCCUCUAACAUCCAAUCUAAGGGUGCCUCUAAGUUGUGCGUGACUCCACUGAUUAUCAGACUGGACAGUAGUUCUAAUUCACCCACUGACUCUGCAGGACAAAAGACCUGACAAUCUGCCACCAGAAAGAUCACAGCUUAGGAAACCCUCUGGGGCAGUUCUAAUCUGUAAUAUAAGUUUCUUAUGAGUCAGAAUCAGCUUGACAGCACAUGAUGCCAAUAUCACACUGGAAAGUGUAACAUAAACUUUACUAAAGUCUAGCGGAUAUCAAGGGGGAGGUAAUGAUAGGAAACGUGCAAGUAGAUCAUCUGAUUUAUAAGCUACUAUUGUUUAACACAAACAGCCCUGGUGGCACAGUGGUUAAGCUCUCGGCUGCUAAUCGAAUGGUUGGCACUUUGAACCCAUCAGCUGCUCAGCAGGAGAAAGAGGUAACAGUCUUCUUCCAUAAAGGUUAUUAAAAAAAACAAACUUGUUACUGUUAAUUCUGACUCAUAACGACCCUAAAAGACAGAGUAGAGCUGUCUCUUAUGGAUUUGAACUACCGACCUUUUAAUUAGCAGCUGAGUUCUUAUAACCACUGUGCCAACAGGGCCCCCAUAAAGAUUACAGCCGUGGAAAUUCUAUGGGGUAGUUCUACUUUGUCCUAUAGUGUCACAUUUGACUCGAUGGCAAUGGGCUUGGUUUGUUUUUUUAUUAUUUAACAGGAUUCAUGGGAUCUAGUCCAAUUUCAGUGAUCCUUAUGAAACGGGGUGUUCGUGUAGAGUUUCCGCCUAUUAACCCACUAAGUUGCUCUUCAUGUAUACCUCAACACACACACACACACACCCUGUAUAAGAUACUAACCAAAUUACCAGAGGGUCAUUUCUUACCCAGUGGAAAUUCACUGUUAGCUCUGCUGGGCAUGUAAACUUCAGAUUGUACUGCCAACACCACAGCCUUUGGGCACCAAUGAUACUGCUUAGUCUUCUGUUUCUGCUGCCUCAGGAAACUGAACGAAGCCUCUGGCACGCAUCCUCAUCACAAUAAUGCCAUGCAAUUCUAGAUUCUCUGGUACUGGGUGACUGACAUUUUCAUAGCCUAUGCCAUAUUAAUACCUGAGCCUGUUUCUAAGAAAACUUUAAAAAUAAAAAACUAAUAUUUAGCUUCUAUAAAAGGUGGCUAGCUUUCUUAA